AUAAAGCCGACAGGAGACGAUGUUACGAGCAUUUGGACGAGUUUCUUAGCGAAAGCCGCCUGCCCGUCUUGUCUGAAAUUCAGUGAAGCUGAGAGACGAAGGAACAGUUAACCGACAGCAGCAGAAACAUCUGUUCACAGAUACGUGAUCACGUGACACAGCUCCUCAAGACGUGUGGUGGCCUCUCGGGGACAAACAUCUUCCACUGCGAGUUAAUCUUUGAGGAAGUGUCCUCUGAGUGCUGAGCCUGGUUGUCUGUCUACCAUGAGCCUGUCUCGAGCUCCACGUUGGUCGCUGCAGGUGGUUGUCGUCUGUCUAGUCAUGAUGACUGGCUGCUUCAGUACCGACAUCAACCGUGUGCUGACACCCACGACGACCAACUCGGAGCUUCUGAUGCAAAAUGUCACCAUGGUGAUAAACUGUACAAACGAUGACGUGCCUCCUGGCCUCCGGAACAACAAGCACGUGCUCUUCUAUCUACAUUCCUGCGGUACGAAUGUGAAUUCUCUCUGUCCAGAAGACAAAGAGAACUCCAACGUCCUGGGUAUACUGGGAGAGCAAAUCAACAUGACCAGCGGCAGACCUAACCACUGGGGGUGGGUGGCAAAGGAGGGGUUCCCGCACUACAUGCUCGUGCAUCUCACCCUGCCCCUGGCUGAGAUCGCGCACUGCUUCAGCUGUCACAAGCUGUACAACUACCCAUUUCCUGCUGACGCGGAGUGGUACAACACCAGCGAUGUGUGCGUGAGUCAUGGUCGCGACCCUCUACAACUGUCGGGUCGAAUCUCGAGUCGCGCGCUCUCCAUAACUCUUUCUAACCCCAAGCAAGUCGUCUUCCUCGAGCGCCCCAAUGGCGAGUGCUCAGUGGAAAGAUCGGUCCAACAGAACACUGUGCUUUUGGUGGUAGUCAUCGUCUUCAUUGUUGUCAUCGCCGUUGGCAUCGUCGCUGGCGUCGUUUACAGGGUAUGCUGGAGAAAAAGGACACGACGAAGUCCGAGUGCCAGGGUCACUCGAGUGCCACUAUACGACACGGAAUCUCAACUGCGUCGCGGCGACACGGAAGAUGGAAAAUCCAUCAACGAAAUGGAAAGUCAGCGACCCGUGCUUGAGACGAUCGAGGAGGAGGAGGAGGACAACAGACGGAACACCUUCUUUUCCUUGCACGGAGAACCGAUUCUGGAUGACAGCAUACGUUACAGUGUGAGACUGUCUGGACUUCCGGAGACAGGAUAACCAUGGCACCCGUCUACACUGGUGUACGUGACGCCAGUUCUCGAGGGAAUACGACGAAAGUCAAGAAAGUCCCGCCUGGACAGAAAUAAAGUCCAAUCGCCAGUGACGAGCAAAGAUGUUCCAGUCGUCGGUGACGACGUGUUCUGAGGACUGUCUAUGAUCGUCAGCAGGUCUGGGGGGUGCAGUGACCUCCAGCGAGUACCCGUGCACCCUAGCACACUCGCCACAGGGGUCAGCAUCUGACGACCACGACCUCGCCAUCGAGUGCGGAUGGUGACGUAUUUGCUCCCACAAUAGUCCUUCACACCACGUGAUGUCACGUGCUUACAAACGCCAGGUAGCAAAACACGUACCCAAGUUGCUGUAUGAAUAAGCUCUAGAAUUUCUGGGUUUUCGCUUUUGUUUAAUUUGCUGGCCUCGUUAGCAUGUGGAGUGUAGAACUAACAAAUUCAUUGCCAAAGGAAAAGUUGAAAAAAACUUUGUUUACGACCUGCACGAAAAAUUGCACAAUAACAUUUUGCUCCAUUCCAUCUGUUGACAUAGAGCACACUGUGGAUAUGUAAGAUAUGUUUAGACGAUAGACUAUAGACUGCUUUUGGGUCAGUGCCUUGUUUAAGCUCACCUCUCAUUUAUUCUUCAUCUUUAGUUUGUAAAUGUCUACAUGACCUGAGAUCGGAUGGCUGAUGGCGGAGUUUAGGAAGGUGAGCAGACUUUUAUUUCGGCAAAUGCCUCUGACAUUUUAUAUCAAUUUUUAAAAUCGAAAUCACACUGUUUCUUCGCCAAUGAAGUCACUAGGAGGAACUGUUGAAGUAUUUUUAUCUUGCAGAUGACAUCGUCUGCAAAUACCACUAGCACACUUGGCAAAGCAGUGUCAAGUGAAGGAGGUAGUACGAAAAUUAAAAAUUAAAUGUUGCUCCCGGUGCCCUCCACACUACGUGAAGUCACGUGCUGACUAACGUCCGCACGCCGGGCAUCGGGGGAAUGAAUGGAUGAGAUAAUGUUGUUCUCGGUUUGUAAAUCGCUGUUGUCAAGACGGCAUGUACAGUUUCUCCAGUAUAGCAACACCAACUUUGUAUAGCUAUGUAAGAACUGUACUAAACAACAAAUGUACAUAGGUAGGUAGUCCUAGGAGCUCACUUAACAUUGGCAGCUGCAGACUUUCAUUACACGUGUCACAAACGGUGAUAAAGUUGCAGUGAAAGUCAUCGAUGUACAUAUGUUCUUACAAUCUAUUCAUAUUUCCCGAAUCUUAUCUUUAAAUGUUUUCUUUGUGGAUCUGUGCAAUGUAAAUAUGAAUAAAUGAUUUAAUCACAUGAUC